UUGAACAAGAUAUUAGGAUUUGCAGAAGAUUAUGAAAAAAUUAUAAUUAAUUGUAAACAUGAGUUAGUAUUAUUACGAAGCAAUACAAAUCUUAAUGCGAUCAAGUUAAAUACAGGUGAAGUUGUAGAAGAUAUUAUAAUAAAUAAAAUAGUUUGGCGAGUUCCACACAUAAAAGUAACAGAUCGUGAAAGAAUCAGCCUAUUAAAACUUUUAGAGAAAGAUAGAGCUAUUCCAUUGGCAUUCCGUUCCUGGGACUUAUAUGAAUAUCCAUUGCUACCCAAAACACGUAAACAUACUUGGUCUAUAAAAACUUCAUCGCAUAUAGAGAAACCACGAUUUGUGGUCAUUGCCUUUCAAACCAACCGCAAACAUAACGCGAAAUUAUCAAUGGCAGAGUUUGAUCAUUGUCACGUACGAGAUGUAAGAGACUUUUUAAAUUCAUCAUAUUAUCCUUAUGAGGGGCUGAAUGUCAGAUUUCCGGAAGAUAAGUUUACUUUAUUAUACGAUCAGUAUGCGAGAUUUCAACAGUCGUAUCAUGGACGCCGACAAUACGAAACUUUAAAAGGUUCGAUCGAUGGGAGAGUUGAAAUCGAAACAGACCAAGAAAUACCAGAUCAGACAACCGCUUAUUGCUUGAUAUUAAACGACUGUAUAUUCGAAUACAAACCACUGACUAAUAUCGUUAAGAAAAUAUCAUGA